AUGGCUAUCUUGGCCAAUUGUACAAAGAGUCAAUGCAAUCUCUUUUCUGUCAUUUAUAAGGUCUUGACCUAUCUAAGGAGUCCCAAUUGGGACACCCGUAUAGCAGCAGGCCAAGCUGUAGAGGCCAUUGUGAAGAAUAUUCCUGAAUGGAAACCAGCUCCAAAGCCUAAAGAAGAGUCCUGUGAAGACCUGUCUCCAGAAGAAACAUCUUGCGACCGGUUGAGUUUCUACCACUUUGACAUCUCUCGCCUGCUGAAACACGGGGCAUCUCUGCUGGGAUCUGCUGGGGCCGAAUUUGAGCUGCAGGAUGACAAAACUGGUGAGAUGGACCCCAAAGAACGUCUUGCAUGCCAGAGAAAGCUUCUUCAGAAGAAGUUGGGUCUAGAUAUGGGUGCUGCUAUUGGGAUGAACACAGAUGAGCUGUUCAACGAUGAGGACCUGGACUAUACCUGUCAACCCAAUGCCCUCAGAGCACACGGAAGCAAAGCCACAGCUGGAUCCAGCUCCGGAAACCACUUGACCAUUCAGGCAGCUGAAUUGAUCGACUCAGAGUUCCGACCAGGCAUGAGCAGUCGUCAGAAAAAUAAGGCUAAGAGGAUGGCCAAGUUGGUAGCAAAGCAAAGAUCCAGAGACAUGGAUCCUAAUGAAAAGAGUAACGACAGUUUUGAAGGUGAACCUGAGGAGAAACGAAGAAAAACCACCAACGUAGUCACUGAGCAACCAGCAACAGAGCAUAAGAUCCUAGUCGACAACGUUCCGGAUAACUCCAGUCUAUUCGAGGAGACGAACGAGUGGCCUCUGGAGAGCUUCUGUGAGGAGCUUUGCAAUGACCUCUUCAAUCCCUCGUGGGAGGUUCGUCAUGGUGCAGGCACCGGUCUUAGAGAAAUCCUCAAGUCCCAUGGUGCUGAGGGAGGGAAGGUGGUGGGAAGCACUGCAGAACAGAUGUUACGGCAGCAUCAGGAAUGGAUAGAAGACGUGGUCAUCCGGCUGCUGUGUGUCUUUGCUUUGGACCGCUUUGGCGAUUUUGUAUCUGAUGAGGUAGUGGCUCCUGUUAGGGAGACGUGUGCUCAGACACUGGGUGUGGCCCUUCGCCACAUGAAUGAAUCUGGUGUUUCGAGGACGGUAGAUGUCCUACUGAAGCUGCUGAAAGAGGACCAGUGGGAGGUGCGUCAUGGAGGCCUGCUGGGAAUCAAGUAUACCUUGGCUGUUCGUCAGGACUUGAUUGCUGUUUUACUUCCCCGUGUGCUCCCUGCAAUCACAGACGGCCUACAGGACUUGGAUGACGAUGUCAGGGCCGUGGCAGCUGCAGCCCUCAUCCCUGUGGUCAGGGGCUUGGUGCAGCUACUGCCCAAUAAGGUACCCUUCAUAGUGAACACACUAUGGGAUGCACUUUUAGACCUGGACGAUCUGACUGCUUCCACCAAUAGUAUUAUGACUUUGCUGUCCUCGCUGCUAACCUAUCCACAGGUUCGACAAUGCAGCAUGCAGCAGUCACUAACUGUUCUGGUUCCUCGGGUAUGGCCAUUCUUGAGACACACUAUAUCAUCAGUAAGACGAGCAGCACUGGAAACGCUUUACACACUACUGUCUAAAGCUGACCAGAGCUGUGCAGCGUGGAUAAAUCCCAUCCUACAAGACAUGCUGCGGCAUAUCUUCCAGUCUUGCAUACUAGAGAGCAAUGAGGAAAUCCUUGAACUGAUCCUAAAGGUGUGGAUGGAGCUGCUGUCUCAGGCCCCCCAACAGUAUGUGGUAGCAGCCAGCUGUCCAUGGAUGGGUGCCUGGCUCUGUCUCAUGAUGCAAGCUUCCCACAUUCCAAUAGACCUGAACAUGCUGCUGGAAGUAAAAGCCCGCUCCAAGGAUAAAUGUGGCACAAAGGGACGUCAAGCAAGCAGUCAGGUGAAGGAAACUGUUCAGGAAUAUAUAGCGGGUGCAGAGACGGUGACAGAUGACCCAGUUACGAGGGACUAUGUAGUAGUCCGUGCUCGACUUAUGGCUGCCAAAUUGCUGGGGGCUUUGUGUCGGUGUAUUUGUGACCCUCAACUCAAUGCUGCAUCCCAGGAGAUCAGACCAGCAGAAUCUUUGGCUCAGCUAUUGCUCUUCCAUCUCAACUCUAAGUCUGCCCUGCAGCGAAUCGCAGUGGCAUUAGUGCUUUGUGACUGGGCUGCACUGCAGAAGGAUUGUCAGUUGGUGUCAUCCACCGUGCUGCCUCGUCUUCUGGCCAUUCUGUCUGAGCAGCUGUAUUAUGAUGAGAUCGCCAUCCCCUUCACACGCAUGCAGAAUGAGUGCAAGCAGCUGAUUGCACUGCUUGCUGAUGCCAACAUAGACCUCAAGGACCGCCUCAAUUGUAACGUUUUCACCAUUGAUCAAGCCAGUGAGCUGGUAACCACCAUCUUUGCAGAGUCAACAGCCGGGUUUAAUGUAAAGUCCAAGCAGUGGCCAGCCCUGGACAGCAAACGCCAGCAGGCUCAAGCGACUGUGAUGGAGACCAGCACAGAAUGGCAGCAGCUGCAUCUGCGUGUGCACAUGAUCGCAGCCUGUGCCGUGAUUAACCUGCAGGUGCUCCCCGACAAACUGAACCCACUCGUCAGGCCUCUGAUGGAGGCCAUCAAGAGGGAGGAGAACACCCUGAUCCAAGGUUAUGCUGCCUCUUUUAUAGCCAAGCUGCUUCAACAGUGUGCCGGACGCUCGCCGUGCCCCAACCCUAAGAUCAUCAAAAACCUCUGUGCCUCAGCCUGUGUGGACUCUGCAACCACGCCCUCAUCUGCUUGCCCCGUACCUCCGACACAGGAAAAUGCCAAAGGGGGUGGCUUGGAGAAAGACGGCAUGCAUCACAUGGUCAAUAAAUCUCGAGGUAUCAUCACUCUGUAUCGCCACCAAAGAGCUGCGUUUGCCAUCACCAGUAAGAGGGGUCCAGCUCCUAAAGCGCCAAAAAACCCAACCACAGAGCUUCCUCCUGGCAGCACCAUCAGCUCAGAGAAUGAUGAGAGCAGGAAGCCAUUUCUUAUUCAGAGACGAGGUGCAGAGUUCGCCCUAACAACCAUUGCACGGCACUUUGGUGCAGACCUCACAAAGUCUCUGCCAUACCUUUGGGAGAAUACGGUGGGACCACUGACGUCAGUGGCAACAGAAAAUCAGUGCAUUGAUAGGCAGGCCCAGCUGGAGAGGGGCGACGCUGCAGCUCAGGAAUUGGUCAACUCUCUACAAGUACUUGAAGUCAUGGCAGGAGCCAUGGCUGCCGAACUCAAGCCUUUGUUAUUGGAACACCUGCCCCAUUUGUUCACCUGCCUCCAGCACCCAUACACAGCAGUACGUCACAUGGCAGCACGCUGUGUUGGUGUGCUUAGCAAGAUAGCCACACUGGAGACCAUGAACAGUUUCCUUGAGUGUGUAUUACCCUGGUUAGCUGCUAUUGAUGACUGCACCAAACAAGAAGGCGCCAUCGAGGCUUUAGCCUGUGUCAUGGAGCAGCUGGAUGUGGACAUCGUGCCCUACAUCGUGCUGCUGGUGGUACCAGUGCUAGGCCGUAUGAGCGACCCCAGCGACAGCAUUCGUUUCAUGGCCACACAGUGCUUUGCUACACUCAUCCGCCUGCUGCCACUAGAGGCGGGUAUACCAGACCCUCCUGCCAUGUCUGCUGACCUGAUCCGGCAGAAAGCUAGAGAACGUCACUUCCUGGAGCAGCUGCUAGAUGGCAGAAAGUUGGAGAACUACAAAAUCCCGGUGCCCAUUAAAGCAGAGCUCCGGAAGUACCAGCAGGAUGGAGUGAACUGGUUAGCAUUCCUGAACAAAUACAAGCUGCAUGGGAUCCUGUGUGACGACAUGGGUCUCGGCAAGACGCUGCAGUCCAUCUGCAUUCUGGCAGGCGAUCACUACCUCAGGGCACAGGAAUAUGCCAAGACUAAAGCAGCAGACUGCAGCCCCCUGCCCUCUCUGGUGGUGUGUCCUCCCACGCUGACUGGCCACUGGGUGGACGAAGUGGGCAAGUUCUGCGCCAAAGAGUACCUCAACCCGCUGCACUACACUGGGCCUCCUACAGAGCGGAUGCGGCUGCAACACCAAGUGAAAAAACACAAUCUUGUUGUAGCCUCUUACGAUGUUGUCCGAAAUGACAUAGAUUUUUUUAGAAAUAUAAAAUUUAAUUACUGUAUCCUCGAUGAGGGUCAUGUGAUCAAGAAUGGGAAAACCAAACUGUCCAAAGCCAUAAAACAAUUGGCUGCCAACUUCCGAGUCAUUUUGUCAGGAACGCCCAUUCAGAAUAAUGUCUUGGAGCUCUGGUCGUUGUUCGACUUCCUAAUGCCGGGCUUCCUCGGAACAGAAAGGCAGUUUGCUGCACGCUACGGUAAACCAAUCCUAGCCAGCCGAGACGCCAAAAGCUCAUCGAGGGAGCAGGAGGCAGGAGUCCUGGCAAUGGAGGCCCUGCAUCGACAGGUACUACCCUUCCUUCUGAGGAGGAUGAAGGAGGAUGUCCUCCAGGAUCUUCCUCCUAAAAUAAUUCAGGACUAUUACUGCAACCUGAGCCCUCUACAGGUUCAGCUGUAUGAAGACUUUGCAAAGUCUAGAGCCAAGGCCAGUGUGGAUGACAGCAUCUCUGUAGCUUCUACAGAGGAGGAGGAAAAGCCCAAGCUGAAGGCCACAGGCCAUGUCUUCCAGGCGCUGCAGUACCUGCGGAAGCUGUGUAACCACCCCAGCUUGGUCUUGACCCCUCAGCAUCCAGAGUACAAACGCAUCACUGAGCAGCUGGCAGGACAGAACUCAAGCUUGCGAGACAUUCAGCACGCGCCAAAACUAUCUGCUCUCAAACAGCUGCUGUUGGACUGCGGACUUGGUGGUGGUGGUGGAGGAUCAGAGGGGGCCACUGAGGCAGUGGUGGCCCAACAUCGUGUGCUAAUCUUCUGUCAGCUGAAGAGUAUGCUGGAUAUCGUUGAACAUGACCUGCUGAAACCCAGACUGCCCACCGUCACAUACCUGAGGCUGGAUGGCAGCGUGCAGGCCGGCCAACGUCACUCUAUAGUUUCCAGGUUUAACAAUGACCCAUCAAUAGAUGUGCUGUUGCUGACCACCCAUGUUGGUGGUCUGGGUUUGAACCUGACUGGUGCAGAUACCGUGGUGUUUGUGGAGCAUGACUGGAACCCAAUGAGGGACCUGCAGGCCAUGGACCGUGCCCAUAGGAUAGGACAGAAACGGGUGGUGAACGUGUACAGGCUGAUCACACGAGGUACGCUGGAGGAGAAGAUCAUGGGACUGCAGAAGUUCAAGAUGAGCAUCGCUAACACUGUUAUAAGCCAAGAGAACGCCAGCCUGCAGAGCAUGGGCACAGACCAGCUCCUCAACCUCUUCACACUCGACAAGGAGGAUAAAGGUGAGAAGGCUGAGAAGGGCGAGCAGUCAUCAACCUCAGGAAAGACUUCCAUGAAGUCAGUGCUGGACAGCUUGGGAGAGCUGUGGGACCAGCAGCAGUACGAUUCAGAGUACAACCUGGACAGCUUCAUGCACUCUCUGCAGUAGCACUGUGUGCAAGUCCACCCAGCAUCCAUCAGGCGUCUCGCCCUCUGGCCGAGCAGGACCCGGUCAGAGCGCGAGGAGACCCCUAUUGCUGCAGCCACAUGCCUAACACCGCCACCUUAAAUAGAGUAACGUUAAGGAGUUCCUGAAGGAUAAUACUCUCAGUACAUUUCCCACUGCGAUUACUUACCCACAGCCAAAGACCUGAAUCGUUGUCGUUCUACAGUUGAUAGGUAUGCUGCAACAUCACUCAAACUUAUUCUCAUGAGGUAAGUUACCCAGGUCCUUUGCAAACCUGAGAGAAUAAAACCAUGUGAUGAUGUAACAACUGUGAAAGACGUCGUCUACAGUAGCGGAACGUUUUCCACUCUUUCAAGUGCACAGUGUUUCAUAAGUAAAGUUAUCAUUUAUAGUUACAGCAGCAGGCGCUACUUUUACAGCCCGCUACCCUCUGCUCAUAUCACAUUGCCAGAGUAAACAGUGUUAACUGCUUCAGAUGUUACUACCUAGAUGCACCUUCCUCAUGUGCGCCCUCUUCUACUACCGCCGCCACCUCUCACAAAGUCUUAAAACACCGUUAUACCCACCUCUCUGCCUGAUGGAUACAAACAUGUUUUUGUAUGAGAAAAGGAAACAGGGAGAGAGUAACAAGAAGCCACAGGAUGCUGUCACACAGUGCUGACUUUUUAUAGCACAACGCUGAGCUCAGGAGCGGGUUGUGCUAUGUCAAGACGACUCCCGUUCUUCAGACCAUGCCCUGGAAGAGUCUGUUCACAAAAAAUGUGGUCAUCAGGAGGCCCUGUUUGAGAAACUAUAUUCUGUGUCCACCUUCUCCACAUGUACUGUAAAGAGAUUGACCCGGGAAAGCACUGCGCGUCAAAGCAAGUUUACAGAGAUGGAACUGAGGAGGCCAAGCUGUGGCUGGUACCUGAAACUUGUCAUAAGUAUUUUUAAAAAAUGAAUAGACUUGUACAUAAUUGUCUAAUUGCUGCUUUUUGUUUAUGAUCUUGGGAUUGUAAUAAAUUCUACAAACCUUUGA